AUGCAGAAGAAGAUGGGCGAGGCGGUGGCCCGGGUGGCCAGGAAGGUGAACGACACAGUGGAGAACAAAACGGAUUCCCUGGAUCUGGCCAACUGCAAGCUGAUGACCUUCCCCGUUGGCAUCUACAAAGCCAUGAGGAGCGUCACCGAGGGGAUCCACAGCAUCUCCCUGGCAAACAACGAGCUGAAGUCCCUCACCGGCCGAUUUGUCACCACUUUCAGCCAGCUGAGAGAGCUCAACCUGGCAGGUAACUACCUGCACCGCCUGCCCGAGGAGGUCACCUCCCUCCUCCACCUCCGGGCCAUCAACCUCUCCCGCAAUCGAUUUCGGCGCUUCCCCGAGCCCCUGGCCGCUGUCACCACCCUGGAGACCAUCGACCUGGAAGAGAACGAGAUCGUGGCUGCAGAGGAGCCAGCAGGCUGGUUUCCAUCAGCAUGCUGGGAGGAGGCUGGCAGAAGCUGGUGGCCACCUAAGGAUGCUGAGGUGCCGGCGGAGAAGCUGGCCUCCAUGGCAUCGCUGCGGAGCCUCAACCUGCGAGACAACCCCGUCGGCCCCGAUGUGAGGCUGCUCAUCCGGCCCCUCGUCCCCUUUGACCUGCUCCUGUCACCGGAGGAGCCCGUCCCCAAAGCCUGA